AUGCCCAUAGGAAAGAGUCUAAGGAAAGUAACCAAAAAUAUUUCAAAGUCAAAAAGUGCUAUUCAUCCAAAGGGUAGAAAGUUCAAACAGCUGACGAGGGCAUCCCUAAGAGAGAAAAAAAUUGCAGCCAAAAAAGAACUGAGAUCAGAGCAGAAACAAAAUGACCUUCUGAUAGUUGCAUUCUUCCAGGAUUCUAUACUGGAGACGAGCCGAUUAGACACAAAAAUAUUCACCAUAGACGACAUGAAAGCUUUCAUUGAGACAUUCAUAGCUCGGGACGAUCAGGAAUUGCAGGACCUCAAAGAUUCAAGAAGACCUGGGAGACCAGCCAGUAAUAAGCAAAUGCUGCUGGAAGCUAGAAGGGAACAGGAAUGUGGAUUCUAUUCAGCUGGAUGGAGCGUGCCAGACCUGACCAACGAGGAAAACGUCCAGCGUUUAAGGGCCUGGGAGGGGAGCUUUGGAGGAGUCACUUCUCUCAAGUUCGUUUCAGUAAGUGAAAAAUCACAGUAA